UUUGAUACUAACUAAUACUAAUAGCUGCUGUGCUUUUGCUCCCGGUUAUCACGGCAGCCAUCGAAUCUGUUGCUUUAGUUUUUGAUCUAGCAGACGUUCUGUAUAGUGUAUAUAUAUAUACCUCCUUUUGGGUAAAAAAACAAACAUGGUUCGCUUUAUCACUGCCUUAUUGGCGGUCUCUGCCUCCCUUUCAACCGUCUGGGCGACUACGACCUGCAGUGUCGAUAGCCCGUGCCCCGAAGACUCGCCCUGCUGUUCUGCAUACGGCGAGUGUGGUGUCGGAGCGUACUGCCUGGGCGGGUGCUAUCCCCUCGCUUCAUAUUCGAUCGACUCGUGCACGCCUGCGCCCGUCUGUGUGAACAAGACGUACACCUGGGACAAUCUCGACAAAGCAGCUAGCAACGAAGUGUAUCUAGGCAAUGCUACUGAGUACGACUGGGUCUACAGCGGCACCCCGCUGUUGGACAACGGUAACCUGCUGCUGACCAUGCCCAACAACUCCGUGGGCACGCUGUUCUCCAACAACCACUACGUCUGGUACGGCCGGAUCUCAGCUAAGCUCAAGACCAGCCGUGGCGCCGGUGUCGUCACUGCCUUCAUUUUGAUGUCCGACGUCAAGGAUGAGAUCGAUCUGGAGUUUGUCGGCGUGGACCUGUACCACGGUCAGACCAACUACUACUUUGAAGGCAUUCUGGAUUAUGACAACGAGAUCAAUGCUACCGUCUCGAGUAACACGUUCGAAAACUUCCACGAGUACACCAUCGACUGGACCCCCGACGCCAUCACAUGGUACGUGGACGGCACGGCGGCCCGGACCCUGAACCGUUCCGCUACGUUCAACGCGACUUCGAACCGCUACCAGUUCCCCCAGACGCCGUCGCGCGUGGAAAUGUCGCUCUGGCCCGCCGGUCUCUCCACUGAGGCCGAGGGAACCAUCGAGUGGGCCGGCGGUCUGGUCAACUGGAGCAGCACCGACAUGGAGGAGCACGGCUACUACUACGCCACGUUCGGAGAGAUCACCGUCGAAUGCUACAACCCGCCCUCGGGCGCCAACAUCCAGGGUGACAAGUCCUACGUCUACACCAGCGACAGCGCGGUCACCAACAACACGGUGGAGAUCACCGACCGGAACACCACCCUCAACAACUUCGACGACACCGGCCUGAAUAUGACCGCCGGCACUACCGCGGGGGCCUCGGCAACGGCCAGUUCAGGAGACUCGGUCCCCACCAGCAACGGUGCGGGCACCGUGCCGGGGAGCAGCGACUCGGGCUCGGGCACAGAUAGCUCGUCCAGCUCGACCACGGGCUUCGUUCAGGGCGGCACCACCACCGACAAGAGUGGCGCAACCUCGCAGAACACGAGGAUACGCCAGGGGUCUCUGUUUGCCGUGGUGGUUGCCGUUGUCGCUUUGGUUGUGAUUUAGCUUUUUUGGGAUCUGAUCUGUCUUUCCAGUGAUUCUUUAUACUUCCCUCUGGUCCUUUUCUUUUUUUUUUCUUCUUC